AUGACCAUUGGGCUGGAUGGUGGGAUGGCUGUUGGACUGGACAGUGGGAUGGACCUUGGGAUGGCCGUUGGCCUGGAUGUUGGGCUGGACGUUGGGAUGAUCAUUGGGCUGAAUGGUGGGCUGGAUGGUGGGCUGGAUGAUGGGAUGGCCGUUGGGCUGGAUGGUGGGCUGGCCGGUGGGACGUUGGGCGGGACGGAUGUUGGGCUGGAUGGUGGGCUGGAUGAUGGGAUGGCUGUUGGGCUGGAUGGUGGGCUGGCCGUUGGGCUGGAUGGAGAGAUGGAUGUUGGGCUGGAUGGUGGGCUGGCCAUUGGGCUGGAUGGCGGGAUGGGUGUUGGGCUGGAUGCCUCCUCUGGCUGCAUCCAGGACCCCCGCUUCUGCCUGUAG